AUGGCCGCGAAGUCGGAUGGAGGAGCGGCAGGCGCCGCCGCCGCCUCCGCCUCGUCGUCGCUCGUGCGCCGGGAGGGAUCCGGCGGCGGCGGUGGAGGGAGCGGCGGCGGCAGCGGCGGUGGCGGCGGGAGCUGCAGCUCGAGCUUGGCCCGGGGGUCCCGUCGAGGAGGGCCGCCGCCCCCUCCGCUGCCCAACCCGGGCAGCCCCGCCGCCUCUGGCUCUGCCUCGGCCGCCGCCCCGACGUCUCUGCUGCUGCCGGGCCGCGAGUACAGCCUGCUGGACUGCUGCUGGGUGCUGGGCGCCCUGCUCGUCUUCUUCUCGGACGGCGCCAGCGACCUGUGGCUGGCCGCGCACUACUACCUGCGCGGCGAGUACUCCUUCUUCGGGCUCACGCUGCUCUUCGUGCUGCUGCCCUCGCUCGUCGUGCAGCUGCUCAGCUUCAGGUGGUUCGUCUACGACUUCUCCGCGCCCAACAGAGCCUCGCCGGGGCCGCCCGCCGCCGCCUUCAGCACCAAGGACAGCGCCAGCACCAAGGACAGCGCCCGAGCCGGCCUCCAGCCGCCGCCGCCGCCGCCGCAGCAGCAGCCGCCUUCUCCGCGGGCUUCCUCCGGCGGCUGCUGCCGCCUCUGCGUCUGGAUCCUCCAGUCCCUCAUCCACCUCCUGCAACUCGGCCAGGUCUGGAGGUGA